CAACACCUGCAGUUUGUGGCUUCAUUUUCGAGGGUGAGGUGCGUUGAAUAUCUUUUGGCGUAUUUUGAUGUCGUUGGUCAAUUUUAAAAUGCUGAAGUAGUGCUACAAUCGGUGAAGUGCUCAAAUAUGUGUCGUGAUAGUGAUUUAUUAAAUAAUAAUUCGAUUGUAGUGUAGUGUCCAACAUGUUUCGAUGUAUACCUUUGUUCAAAUGUAAUCGCCAAGUGGAAUGUGUAGACAAGCGGCAUUGCUCGUUGCCAACAGUACCUGAAGACAUUUUACGAUAUUCCAGGAGUUUAGAGGAACUUUUUUUGGAUGCUAAUCAUAUUCGAGAUUUACCUAAAAAUUUCUUUAGACUUCAUAGACUACGACGGUUAGGACUUAGUGAUAAUGAAAUUCACAAGCUUCCACCAGAUAUUCAGAAUUUCGAAAACUUAGUCGAGCUAGAUGUUUCUCGAAAUGACAUUCCUGAUAUACCAGAAGAUAUCAAGAAGCUGCGUGCCCUGCAGAUUGCAGACUUCAGUAGUAACCCCAUCCCGCGGCUACCGGCUGGCUUUAGCCAGCUUCGGGCACUCACCGUCCUCGGCCUCAAUGACAUGUCACUUACCAGUUUGCCAAGCGAUUUCGGCAGUUUGGUGUCUCUUCAGUCAUUGGAGUUGAGGGAAAACCUGCUCAAAUCAUUGCCCGAGUCACUUAAAAAUCUCACCAAAUUAGAGAGAUUGGAUCUAGGUGAUAAUGAGAUCGAGGAAUUGCCUGGCUUUAUCGGUGAACUACCAGCCUUGCAAGAACUUUGGCUAGAUCACAACAAGCUGCAAUAUUUGCCAUCGGAAAUUGGAAACUUGAAAGCUUUAAUAUGCUUGGACGUUAGCGAAAAUAAAUUAGAAAAAAUUCCAGAAGAAAUCGGCGGCCUCAUGUCUCUCACUGAUCUCCACCUGUCCCAAAAUAUGCUUGAAACGGUACCGAACGGUAUUGGAGAUUUGUGUAAAUUAGCUAUUCUGAAAUUGGACCAAAAUAGAUUACAUACAUUAAAUGAAAAUGUAGGAAGGUGUACAAAUCUUCAAGAGCUUAUUUUGACAGAGAAUUUCUUGAUGGAACUGCCUAAGUCAAUAGGGAAUCUCAAUGAGUUGACCGUGUUGAAUGUAGAUAGAAAUUCCUUAGGUGAAAUUCCGCUAGAUAUUGGCAAUAUGACUUUGCUAGGAGUUUUGAGCUUGCGGGACAACAAAUUAACGAAAUUACCGAACGAACUCGGAAACUGUAAAUCUCUGCACGUUCUGGAUGUCAGUGGAAACAGAUUACAGUACUUACCUUACACCUUAGUAAAUUUGGAACUGAAAGCGGUAUGGUUGUCGGAGAACCAGGCACAGCCUCUCCUGACAUUCCAAACCGAUCGGGACGAGACGACAGGAGAGAAUGUACUCACUUGCUUCCUACUGCCACAGCUUAGUUACACGCAACAACCAGAGUUGGAACAUACGUCAGAGGUCGGCAGUGGCACCUGGUUCAGGGAACACAGAUUUAAUUCACAGUCACAAGAGCUUGAUAGGAUAAGAGAAUCAACUUUAUCAAGAGACCGGGAUUCAGAUGACGACUGGGAAGAGAAAGAAGCAUCCCGUACAAUAUCUGUCAAGUUCACUGAAGACGUUCCCGAAGCGAAAGAGGUCGCAUCGUUACAUGAGGACAGUGAGGAGACGACACCGUCCGAUUCGUUCUUCAGCGCACAAACCAUGCUAGGGCUGAGGCGGCCGUUAGACGUAGUGCGCAAGCUAGUUACCACACAGCGGAGGACGUCCCUGCAGAGACUCUCCUCCUCUAUUACUAACCUCGCUGAGACACCAUUUGUACGCCAGAACACACCCCAUCCUAAAGAUUUGAAGGCGAAGGCUGUUAAAUUGUUUACGAGAACGCCCGAGCAGCAACCGCAGGAAAAGGCGAACGAGUUACCUACAACCAAUGGUAUUGUCAUGUCUCCGCCUGAAAUCAUACAACCUAUAGAAGUGAUAGAACCUGUACAACCGCAACCGUUGCUCGAAGUUACAAAAGAUGAAGAGAGCGACAGUCAAGCAAUGCAGGAUAGAGAAUCAUCAGAGGCUGAAAACGAAGACGACGAUUCCGAGGAACUAGAGGCGAUCAAAAAACGAGAACAACACGAACUCAAAAAUGACGACGAUAUUUUAGAAGACGUUCCUGACGGUGAAUCGGUAUCCGAACGUGCUGACAGCGAAGCACGGAUAGUUAACGAUCAACGAUGUAUAGAAGUACGCAUUGCUCGCGCUGCGGGCGGCCUCGGUCUCAGCAUUGCGGGCGGACGAGGUUCUACGCCGUAUAUUGGCGAUGAUGACGGCAUCUUCAUUUCUCGAGUUACACCUAAUGGACCAGCGUACCUAGCGGGGCUUAGGGUGGGAGACAAAGUGUUAUCGGUUAACGGUACUUCGGUGAUCGAGGUUGAUCAUUAUUAUGCGGUAGAAGUACUAAAGGCGAGUGGUUCGACUCUCACCCUCGUUGUGACCAGGGAUUCGCCGACGUCAACGAGAACUCACAGCCGAGCAGCGAGUGGGGCGAGCCAUCACUCUGUAUCAAGUACUACUGAUACUGUAUCUACAUUAGAAAAUGGACAGAUACCAACCGGCCGAGGCAUUCUGAGCAAACCGCUCAUCAUCAGCAACCAGUACGCGCAGGAGUUCGAGCCCGAGCACAAGGAGCCGCUGCACAACCAGACCACGCCCACUAACACCGUGAGCUACUCGCCGUCGCCCACGCAGCCGCCGUCCUACCAGCGCCUGCAGGCGUCGCCGCCGCCGCCCACGCAGCCCUACGUGCCGCCCGUUUAUCAACAAAAAGUUCUCGUCCAUACGACUCUCAUACGAGACGGCUCGGGCCUAGGGUUCAGCAUAGCCGGCGGGAAGGGCUCCCCCCCGUACAGGGAGGACAGCGAUGCCAUCUACGUGUCCCGGAUUUCACCACAGGGGGCCGCCGCCAAGGACGGCAAAAUGUUAGUCGGGGACAAAGUCAUCUCGAUCAACGGUGUUGAUAUGGAAAAUGCUCCUCAUGAAACCGCCGUCUCGCUGCUAACUGGCCACGAACGAUUUGUGAGACUUGUCCUUCAGCGGACAAUCACACCAGAACAAGGCGAAUUGCUCCCGCGGAAAUCCACAUCAGACGAAGUGAGAGAGCACAAGACGAGCCUGCCGAAUGUGAACGUCACCACGACACAGAAACCCACCUCUAACCAUGUUCCGACCAUGAUCGGAAAUCACACCGCACCGCAAGUGACCACGCAUGUUAUGUCGCAACCGCAAGCGCAUACGCAAAUUCUAUCACAACCACAACCGCAACCGCAACCGCAACCGCACUUUCAACAACAACCACAAACACAAACAACCUUUGCACCGACAACAGCACCACCUCAACCGGCUCCGCGGAAACUGAAUCAGACCAACGGAACGGCGGGCACGAAACCGGCAACUAACAGUACGAGCACGCCUCUAACUCCCGGCGCCAAUAAAUUGCACGGCUCUAACGACGACGUAUUCGACGACAUUCAGCCGGCGCGGGCGAUGACGAGCGAGGAGUUCCAAGCGAUGAUCCCGGCGCACUUCCUGGGCGGGGCGCGCGCCGCGUCGCCCGUGGAGCGCGGCGUGCGCGUCACCGUGCAGCGCGCCGCGCCGCCCGCGCUGCCGCCGCCGCCCGCCGCGCUCGGCCGCGUCACCGAGACCAUCACCAAGUCCACCUUCACCGAGACCACGGUCACGCGCGUCACCGACAACCACCUCGUCGAGCCGCUCAUCAUCGAAGACGUCACACUAGUAAAAGAAGGAGGCUCCCUCGGGUUCAGUAUAAUCGGAGGAACGGAUCACUCCUGCGUGCCCUUCGGUGGAAAAGAACCCGGAAUAUUCAUAUCUCACGUCGUGCCCGGCGGCGUGGCGGCGCGCUCGGGCAAGCUGCGCAUGGGCGACCGCCUCGUGAAGGUGAACGGCGCCGAGCUGCCGGGCGCCACGCACCGCGACGCCGUGCAGCUGCUGCUGCAGCCCGGCCCCACGCUCACGCUGUCCGUGCGCCACGACCCGCUGCCGCCCGCCUUCCAGGAGCUAACAAUAAUUAAGCAAGAGGGAGAAAAACUCGGCAUGCAUAUUAAGGGUGGUCUAAACGGUCAACGUGGCAACCCUAACGAUCCUAACGACGAAGGAGUUUUCAUAUCGAAAAUAAAUAGCGGCGGCGCUGCUAGAAGGGAUGGCAGGCUGAAGGUGGGCAUGCGGCUGCUGGAGGUGAACGGCGUGUCGCUGCUGGGCGCCACGCACGCGGAGGCCGUGAACGCGCUGCGCUCGGCCACGCACGCGCCGCUGCACCUCGUCGUGUGCCACGGGUACUCGCGCCCCGAGAAGUACACCACGGGAAGCGAGAGCGGGACAGCAGAUACAGGCGGCUCUCUUUCUCACUCCACCUCGAGUCUAGACAGAGAUGAGACGUUGCACCAACAUCAACAGGAUCAACAUAAUCGACAGGACUUAGUGGAGUUUGAACAUGAGAAACAAGUCGCAGAAAUGAGGGAAAAAUCUACACCCGAAAAGGUAAUGGACAUAGUGCACGCCGUGGAGAGCAUCGCGCUCGACCCCGCGCCGCCCACGUCGCCGGAGCCGCAGCACAAGACCACCACCGUCGUCAUGUCCAAGCACACCCUGCAGCCUCAGUCGUCUAGUGCUCAAGCGGCGCCGCCCUCACCGCUCGCGAUGUUUACGCAACAGAAAGUGAAGACGCCGACUCCUCCGCCUCACCCCGCCGCCGCCUUCGUAUCGGACGGCACCUCCGUUGAUCCGCCGCCACCACCAAACCCACCGCAACCUGUCAAACAGAAACCACAAGUGCCCCGCAAACCGCAAACGAAGCGAGUUAGUUUCAUUUCGGAACCUCAUGAAAUACACGAACAAUCGUUGUCGAUGAACGAUCGGACGAGCCCCAGAGCCGUAUCGCAUGGAAUGCAUGAUAAAAUUGCUGAGGAGUCUUCGAUUACUAACGAUGCAUGCCAUGGCAAAAGCUCUUUACUAAUACGAAAUCGACCCACAAAAAUAGAGCUAAGCGAAACGAAAUCCAGUAUUGUACGCCCUGACGAGUUUAUUAUUCCUCCUCCGCCUCUCUUCGCCACGAAAGUAAGUCAAAGUCAGUUAGUUCAUGAAGAGGCACGCGAGCUAGAUGUUCCCCUUAUCACUAUCGUACCCGAACGAGUAGUUCUUCCUGAACAUAUUGUGGCCGAAACAGCUAUGCAGUCAUCUAAUUCGACUAAUUCUUCGGAAACUGAUUUCCCACCUGCCGUCAAUUUCGAAACUCUUCCGUCCUUAGAAACUUCAUUCAAACUAGACGAUUCUUUCCGAUCACCCAUAUUUUCCGAAGUGCCUUCACAUCAAAUCUUUCGAACUGAUUUUCCUUCUAAUGACGAUGAUGACUAUUAUAACGAUUUAUCCAUCAGUCCAGUAGGAGAACCCGAUCCGCCGGCGUUGUUGCAUGCACAAUAUAAAACACUUCCAACUGUUUCACACAUACCCAACUCACCUUGCUAUUUGCAUCCCGAUAUAGGUUACUUUGACGACGUCCCUGUAACAUCUCAUGUUUCAUUGCGUGAUUUAAGAACUAAAAAUCUUAAACCCAAUAUGAUACAUUCAACAACAUACCCACCUAGUAACCCCUACCCAUCUUUAACGACGGUCGCAGGAACUUUCAAUCCUUACACAUGCACUGUUCCGGUACGCGUUACGCAUGAAAUGUCAUAUUCGAUUUCUAAACCCCAAUUGUCCCCGUCAUAUAGUUCAGUAGGAAAAGAUAUAAACGCCAACGUUACACAGUCUGUUCCAAUUAAAGCGGGAGAUGCCCCUAAAAGUGUUCAAUCAGAAAGAAGAGUCCGUUUUGGCGAAGUGACGACCGCGCCUGAAUUUGAUAGAUUUUCAAACAGUUCAGAAUCGAUGGGAGAAGAAAGUACUUCGCCCGCAUCUACCCUGAAACCCGCAUGGAGCAGCAAAAUCAAAUCCUUUGCCAUCGGCGAGGUAAUAAUUAAUGCUUCCCCACCUCAAUCUGGUAAUUUUGUGAAAGCGUCUGUUAGCGAUAAGAAAAAGUUUUUCGAAAAUGCAAUGGAAGAGAGUCAUAAAUCAUCACCAAAGCCAGAAAAAGUGUUCACAUUUUUAUCAGCGGAUGAGGUGGAGAAAUUGAAGCAAGAAGAGGAGAGGAAGAUGGCUUCUCUGUCGCGCGCUGAACUCGGCUCGUGGUCCCCCGGGGAGGACCGACACAGCGGAGACAGCGAGCAUUCUGAUGACGAACCUUAUGAGAACGGCCAUAGUGUGUCGCUGGGCGGCGUGAGUCCGUCCGCGAAGUCCCGGCGGCGCGGCGGGCGCGAGGGCGCGGAGGACGCGGGCGCGCGCGCGGCUCGGCGCGCGGCGUGGCGGGCUGCGCGCUUACGCUCGCUGGAGCAGGACGCGAUUGAAUCACAAAAAGCGAUUAAAAGCAUGGUGGGUCCUGCGCAUGAAAUCAUAGGAGAGGUGCCUCCGAGAGAUAAUUCUCCUUCUGAGAAAUGGCCCCUGCCACGUAUUGCGUUACGUACAAAACCGGGCCCGAUACUGGCCGUGAAGGAGAAGGAAAAAUUAUUAGACGAGCGCAUUACCCUUCGCACGGAGGAAUACGUGUGUCCGGCAACCGGCGAGACUAAAGUGCGAACCGUCGAAUACAUUGAAAAAGUCAUUGAGAAAGAGGUGGAGACGACGCAAGAGAAGAUAAUAUCCCUAGAACUAACGACCAGCCCCAGCAGCGAGACCGCGCCCGCCGGGCUGGGCGAGGGCGAGGGCGAGGGCGAGGGCGAGGGCGAGGGCGAGGGCGAGGGCGAGGUGGAGGCGGGCGAGAACUCGCUGCAGCCCGACAUCGUGCAGGUGGUGAACCCCCUGCUGGACGGCGGCGCCGGCCGCGUCACGGCCAUCCCCGUGGGGCCCGCGCACCGCCUCACCUACGCCGACCAGCCGCACUAGGCGCCGCCCGACACACAGUUUUACCCUCGUCUGCGAUGCUAUUUUGAUUCUUCGCCCGUAAACGGAUGGUCCGUUUCGAAGUUUCGACCUACGUUGGAGUAUUUUUGCGCAUGACGAUGUUAAAAUUGUAUUUUUUGCUGUUUAUGCGAUGUUUUGAACGACGACGCGUAAAGAGACUUACCUUAUUGUAUUUUCUAUUAAAAAAAAAUUACUUUAAUGUUCUCGAUUAGGUGUUUUCUCAGUGGGACAUUUGAUAGUUGAGCAGGCCCCUAUGGUUAACAUGACAACGGACAAUCGGCUGAUAUAACUACUACUGGACACGAGUUACUCGUCGAGGAUUAUACUCGAUCGUAGAUUUCUUCAACGAGACGAACGACAUUGAUUGAUUUUACAUCUUUUUUUUGUAUUAUAACUGUGAUAAUAAGUAUAGAAUUCCACCGAUUUUGCUCUUAUUAUUUGUAUGGAAUAUAAUUGAGGAAAUCUACUAUCGGGCUACACUUAUACAGUGGCAUUUUGUUUUGAUCACAAUUUUUAUUUUUUAUAAUAAUAAUAUUUUGGAAUGGAGAUUUUAGGUUUGUGAUAGGUUUUAUCUAUUUUGAUAAUGUUGUCUUUGAAUACUUUACGUAUUAAUUUUAAAUUAUAAUUUUAUUAUUAUUUAAUUUUAUUACGUAUGUAACUUUAAAUAUUUUCAUUCCGUGGAAGUUUUUUUUUAUUGUUUGACUGAAUGUUGAUGCUGUACCUGCUAAACGAAAACUUUAGGAACGUUAUUGGAUUGAAUAGUAUUUUUGAGAUUACGUAAUAUGAGUGUACAUAGCAUCGUUGAGUGUGUUCUUUAAAAAUAUAGUUUAAAUACAAUAAAAUGUUAAAUUUGGCAUCACACAGCCGCCUUUUUAAUUCAUGCAAUUAAUUUCUUAGUGUAAAUCAUCAAUAUUUUAUUAUUGUAUUUUAUUAAUUAAAUUACAGUAUUUGUCUUAACUGGUGUAUUAAUAUUUUAAUUAAAUGUUUUAAUUUUAUGUAUGUGGUGCCUUAAUUCCUCAAAUAGAUUACUGCGUAAUGUUACGAUAUUAACCUAAUACAUAUAGUACAUAACUACAUACACAUUAUCUUUUUAAGUAUUUCAUCAUAUAAUUAUGUUUUAAAUAUAUUACAAAUUUGUUGUCGGAAAAUGAUAAUUUGCAUCGAAUGUGCUGAUGUCUAAGAUGUAUAUUCUAUUGUUCUUAAUCUCAGCAAAGUGUAUAUUUCCGUUAAUGACAUAACGUCGUUUUGAAUCAUAUUUAAUGGAAGGAAUUCAUAGAUUUGGUGUAUUAAAUGAAAGAAUGGUUUUUAUGCGUGGUCUUUAUAUCUUUCUAAGGCUCUUUAGCAACGUGGAUUGUAAACUAAUGAAAAUAUUGUAUGUUUGUCCAAUAAAUGGUUUAAUAUAUAUUUUAAUAAAAUUA